AUGGAUGGAGUCUAUUUAGAUGAGAAAGGAGACCUGGCCUCUGUCUUUGACAUCAUCUACUGGACCAUCUUACCAAAUAAGUCCAUUACCAGAGUGAAAUUUGGGAACCUAAAAAGACAGAGCACUCUUGACUUCAAGCUUGUCAUCAACCCAGAUGAUACUGCACAGAUGAAUUUGUUCAACAAGGUGGUUCAACAGGGGAAGCCAGUUUGCUGCUAUGAUUGUGUUCCAUGUGCAGAAGGGACCAUCUCAAUUCAGGAAGAUGCUGAAAAGUGCAACAAGUGUCCAGAAGAUCAGCACCCAAAUAAGAACAAUGAUCAAUGCAUUUCCAAACUUAAAACCUUCCUUUCCUAUGAAGGACAUCUGGGCAUAAUUCUAACUACUUUUGCCUUAUUCCUCUCCUUAACCACUGGGUUUGUGUUGGGAAUCUUCAUCAAAUUUAUAGAAACUCCAAUAGUCAAGGCUAACAACCAAGAUCUCUCCUACAUUCUCCUUGGCUCCCUCCUGCUUUCCUUCUUAUCUUGCUUCCUCUUCAUUGGCCAGCCAAGGAGAGCCACCUGCCUUCUACGACAAGCAACUUUCAACAUAAUUUUUUCAGUGGCCAUCUCUUCUCUCUUGGCCAAAACCAUCACAGUGGUGCUAGCCUUCCUAGCCACCAAGCCAGGCAAUAGCAUGAGGAGAUGGCUUGGGAAGUCUUUGGGCAACUCUAUUGUCCUUUUUUGCUCUGUUGUCCAAAUUAUUAUCUGUGCUAUCUGGUUGGGCACCACUCCCCCCUUCCCUGACUUGGAUAUGCAUUCCCAGACAGGAGAAAUUGUUGUGCAGUGCAACGAAGGUUUGGUCGCCAUGUUUUACUUUGCCCUUGGUUACAUGGCCUUCCUGGCAGCUGUCUGCUUGGUGGUAGCUUUCCUGGCUCGAAGACUACCUGCAACCUUCAAUGAAGCCAAGCUCAUCACCUUCAGCAUGCUGGUUUUCUGUAGUGUUUGGAUCUCCUUUGUACCUGCUUAUCUGAGCACCAAGGGCAAGUACAUGGUGGCCGUGCAGGUCUUCUCCAUCUUGACCUCUAGUGCUGGCUUGUUGGGCUGCAUCUUUUUCCCCAAGUGCUACAUUAUUUUACUGAGGCCGGAGCUAAAUACAAAGGAUCAGCUAACCAUGAAAGUAAAAUAA